UGAAGAACAGCUUUCUCAGUCAGAGCACAAUGUGUGUGAAACCUCUUUAAAACUGUAUUUAGAGACAUAGUUCUGACCUGCUAUACUGCAGGACCGGACUACCAGGAUCCUGGGCAUAUAUGAAGCUCCUGUGAACUCAGUUUUCAGGAAAGAGCAAUGGAGAUUGGAUGGAUGCACAAUCCGAGACAAAGGCAAGUCCUAGUUUUCUUUGUUUUGCUGAGCAUGUAUGGGGCGAGCGCCGAGUUGGGGCCCUAUUCAGUAGUGGAAGAAACAGAGAGAGGCUCCUUUGUGGCAAAUGUAGGAAAAGACCUGGGGCUGGGGUUGACAGAGAUGUCCACCCGCGGUGCCCGGAUCAUUUCCCAGGGGAACAAAGAGCAUUUGCAGCUCAAGGUUCAGACUGGGGAUUUGCUCAUAAAUGACAAACUAGAUCGAGAGAAGCUAUGCGGUCCGAGUGAGCCUUGCAUACUACAUUUCCAAGUAUUAAUGGAAAAACCGUUAGAGAUAUUUCAGGCAGAACUGAGAGUGCAAGACAUAAAUGACCAUUCCCCCGUGUUCACUGAAAGAGAAAUGAUUCUAAAAAUACCGGAAAACAGUCCUAUAGGAAUUGCAUUCCCUCUGAGUAAUGCUCUGGACUUGGAUGUAGGCAGCAACAAUGUUCAGAACUAUAAAAUCAGCCCCAACUCCCAUUUUCGGGUUCUGACCCGAAAUCGCAGCGACGGCAGAAAACACCCUGAGCUGGUGUUGGACAAAGAGCUGGAUCGGGAGGAGGAGCCUGAAAUCUCAUUAACCCUGACAGCGCUGGAUGGCGGCUCUCCGCCUCGGUAUGGAACCGCCCAGGUGCGCAUUGAAGUGGUGGACAGUAACGAUAACGCCCCUGAGUUUGAGCAGUCGCUCUACAAGGUGCAUAUUCCCGAAGACAGCCCCGUAGGCUCCCUGGUUGUCACUGUCUCUGCCAGCGAUGUAGACAGUGGAGUCUAUGGAAAAAUAUCAUACACAUUCUUUCAGCCUUCAGAAGAUAUUAGCAAAACUUUGGAGGUAAAUGCUAUGACAGGCGAAAUUCGACUGAGAAAAAAAGUAGAUUUUGAAACAGUUCUGUCUUAUGAAGUGGACAUCAAGGCCACUGAUGGGGGAGGUCUUUCAGGAAAAUGCACUCUUCUCCUGCAAGUAGUGGAUGUGAAUGACAAUCCUCCAGAAGUGACAGUGUCUGCACUCACCACUCCCAUCCCAGAGAACUCCCCUGACAUUGUAGUUGCUGUUUUCAGUGUUUCAGAUUCUGACUCUGGGGACAAUGGGAAAACUAUUUCCUCCAUCCAGGAUGACCUUCCUUUUCUUCUAAAACCUUCAGGCAAGAACUUUUACACCUUAGUAACCCAGAAACCACUAGAUAGAGAAGAAAGAGACAAGUACAACAUCACCAUCACCGUCACAGAUAUGGGAACCCCCAGGCUGAAAACCGAGCACAACAUAACCGUGCUGGUGUCCGACGUCAACGACAACGCCCCCGCCUUCACCCAGACCUCCUACACCCUGUCCGUCCGCGAGAACAACAGCCCCGCCCUGCACAUCGGCAGCGUCCGCGCCACAGACAGAGACGCGGGCGCCAACGCCCAGGUCACCUACUCGCUGCUGCCGCCCCUCGACGCGCACGUGCCCCUGGCCUCCCUGGUGUCCAUCAACCCGGACAACGGCCACCUGUUCGCCCUGAGGUCCCUGGACUACGAGGCCCUGCGGGCGUUCGAGUUCCGCGUGGGCGCCGCCGACCGCGGCUCGCCCGCGCUCAGCAGCCAGGCGCUGGUGCGCGUGCUCGUGGCGGACGACAACGACAACGCGCCCUUCGUGCUGUACCCGCUGCAGAACGCCUCGGCGCCCUGCACCGAGCUGGUGCCCAGGGCGGCCGAGGCGGGCUACCUGGUGACCAAGGUGGUGGCGGUGGACGGCGACUCGGGCCAGAACGCCUGGCUCUCGUACCAGCUGCUCAAGGCCACGGAGCCUGGGCUGUUCGGCGUGUGGGCGCACAACGGCGAGGUGCGCACAGCCCGGCUGCUGAGCGAGCGCGACGCGGCCAAGCACAGGCUGGUGGUGCUCGUCAAGGACAACGGCGAGCCGCCGCUGUCGGCCAGCGUCACGCUGCACGUGCUGCUGGUGGACGGCUUCUCGCAGCCCUACCUGCCGGCCCCGGAAGCGGAAGCGGCGGACGCGGCGCCGGCCGCCCCGCUCACCGUCUACCUGGUGGUCGCCUUGGCGUCGGUGUCGUCGCUCUUCCUCUUCUCGGUGCUGGUGUUCGUCGCGGUGCGGCUGUGCAAGAGGGGCGGGGCGGCCUCGGUGGGUCGCUGCUCGGUGCCCGAGGGCCCCUUUCCGGGCCACCUGGUGGACGUCAGCGGCACGGGGACCCUGUCCCAGAGCUACCAGUACGAGGUGUGUCUGACGGGAGGCUCUGGGAGUAAUGAGUUCAAAUUCUUGAAGCCGAUUCUCCCCAACCUCCCGCCCCAAUGCCCUGGGAAAGAAAUAGAGGAAAAUCGUACCUUCUACAAUAGCUUUGGGUUCAAUAUUCAGUGACCGUAAUUAACUUUUAUAUCUCAUAGGUAUGUUGUUUUGUGGCACUUCCAUACCAACAUUAUUUCCCCCAAAAUGUGUGUGUUUGAAGUUGUACUGAUGUUACUUUAUAUUUUCGCAUGUUCUACCCACCUUUACUUUUAAGUGAAUGUUUAUCUUUACCUGUGGUUGUAGUUAGAUAGCAAUUUAUUCUCUAACCAAGGAAGUCUUAAUUUGUAAUUAAUUUGCCUCCUUAAACAAUAACACCAAAUCAGUUUUUGC